AUGAACCCUACGUGGCAUAAGUACCCAAUAGAAUUGCUUGUCAACUUUUCCAUUGAUGCUUUAUGUUUCAAGUGUCAUACGCGAAAAUUUCUCUAUUUAGAUGAUCUUGUCGUACGUGACCCAAUACAAAAUGAUGUGGGUGUUUAUGAGUGCCAUGCAAUUUCGACUGCCGGAGUGCAUAUAGACGCUGCCAAAGUUUUUGUUGCCGAAGAUGGAAGAGUUCCAGUUGCUCCCCUUGUAAAGCUAAAGCAGAGCACAUCUCCACUUGGAAGAAGAGACAACGUUUUUCUGGAAUGCAUAAUUCUGGCAGGCAUACCAACACCUCAAAUAAAGUGGUUCAAGGGUGUAAGGGAACUUCUGCAAAGCAGUAACGAGCGUAUGGUCUUAAAUGGGACACAUCUCAAAAUAAACGAUGCUCGCGAAACUGACACUGGCUCAUAUUCGUGUGUCGUUGAUAAUAUUGCCGGGAGUGAAAUAAGUGCAGCAAAAAUCGUGGUGGGAAGUGUGCCGACGAUAAUUUCUUCCCCAGAAACCGUCCGAGUAAACGUCGAAGAAGAGGUUAAUGAUUAUGUGCAGGUCACGCUUCAAUGCACAGCAGUCGGACAACCAUCACCAAGGAUCGCUUGGCAACGCAAUGGAAUUCCGCUCGACUUGUUAAACUAUUCUCGCUACACUGUGCUCUCUAGUGGCCACCUGUUUAUAACAAAUGCUCAACUUGAGGAUCAGGCAAGCUUCACAUGUAUAGCAGAGAAUGAUUAUGGCGCCCAGUCAAAAACCACAUUGGUCGUUAUUUCUGGAUUAGCUUCUCCAGUGCUGGGUCAUGCUCCACCUGAACAGCAACUUAUUGAGGGUGAAGAUCUACGACUGUCCUGCGUAGUUGUUCUCGGAAGUCCGAGACCAGAGAUCAAAUGGUUCAGAGACGGCUCUCCGAUCAAGCCCAGUCCUUCACUCAGUGUAGGUUAUUCAAUUUCCGUCGAUGGUGGUUAG